GGCGACCUCCGGCCCGAGCCUCUAAAUAUUAAUAUCUUAUUUAUUUGAACUGUCGACGUCCACAUACACAUACAUACACAUACACAUACACAGGCUGGUGUGUCCCUAUUCCUAGUCUAGUGUCCCGUGUCCCGUGUCCCGUGUCCCGUGUCCGUUCAAUAUCCAUGUAUGAUGUAGAUAUAUAAGUUAAGGAACGAGUAUGACAGCAGUUAUAAUUUAUAUUUAUCGUUUAUUUAACCGCGUAGUUGAUGAUAUUUAAAGUAUAGUUAUUAAUGAAAUUGGCAAAUACAUUACAUUAAGCUAUUAUAAAACCGUUACAUUCUUUGAGUUCGGUAAUGAUAUUGGUCAUUUAGGAACCCGUCCGAGCGCAGCGCCCCCUGACGACACAGACACGACACUAGCCAGUAACAAACGAUACGAUAUGUACCCGGAGGACUUACACACAGCCUCGCUGACAAUCUUAAAAUUUUCUCUCACAGAUUCAAUAAUUUCAUCAUAUAAUAUUAAACUGACACAGAAAUCUUUUGAGAACAAGCUUAACCAUAUUUUUGAACUAUAGCUACCCAAGUAUCUACCUCUUGUCCUCGACAAGGAGUUAUUAUUGUUUAGUUCAGAAAUAGGUAUUUAUCAAGUUAUAAUCUCAGUUAAUUCAAACCGGAACUCUAAUGUUUUGAACUUAUUUAUUUAUUAAGUUUGUAACAUGUGGAAUCGUCGAUCAUUCCCGGCGAAAGAUAAAUUGUAAGUGCGGUAACUGACGGCGUUUGGAAUAAUAGAAAAAAAAUGUUGUUGUUGUAUUAGUUACUGAGCUAUCCACAAACAAAUACUCUACAGACAAACAAAGAAAAAAUAUGCCUAUUGAUUUUAUGUUUAAAACUCCACAUAAAUGUGUUUUAAAUGUCUAGUCUACGAAACUUUGUCGAUGAUUUUAUUUAAAGAAGUUUCAUGCCUGAGAUUUUAUUAUUUUAAAUAACUCAUUUGAGUUUCUUAACAACCAAGUCUAUUCAUUUUCAAUUGUUUGGUUUUCAUUUCUAAUGUAGCCAAAAUAGAUUCACAACUACAACAAACAUUCUUAACAAUUUUCGCCAUAUUAUUUAACAUCUGUUGAGACUUUCCACAACUAUCGUGUACUCCGGCUAAUAAUAUGACAGUUGAAAUUACAAAGACGGGGCCGUUCUCGAGAUAUAGCCACGAACAAUUAAACUAUACAGACAUACAAAACGUAUAAAACUUUUUACAUUACAGAGAUGACUGAUGAGAGAUGAAAAUAUGUACAUAUAUCUGCUCAUGUAGGUGGACCUCCCUCUUAGACCUCACUCUUACACCUCCCUCUUAGGUACGGAACACUGCCUUCAUACUGGACCCAUGUAGAAUGACUUAAUAUUAAAAAGAGGCGGAAUAUAAAAAAAUAUCUUACAGUUUUGGAUGCCACGGAAGGAUAUUUACCCCAUCAACCACCACAGUUGUAACCCAUCGAUAACUUUUGGUUUUGUUUCAUAAACAAACUCAUUAAGUAAUUUUUGACGAAAGCUCAAAAAAUAUGCAAAAAGAAUGAAAAUAGUUUAUGUUAAGAGAAAUGCGUGUUCACUCUCUUCAUGAAUAUGUACUUGACAUUUCUUCAGUGCUGAUUCCCUGCCUCCACAACAAUCCCGUUCCUUAUAGAAGAACAUCACAAUUCCAAAUGAGGUCUGUCUUUAUGUUUAAAGGUCAUACUGUUAUCUUAGUGUAUGUGAACGCGGGCGGAUGUGGGCGGGCGGAGGGCUCGGGCCCCUUCCUCGGUCUUUACAAAUUGUCGGAGACGGUCGAGGGUGAAUAAUGUUAUAAAUAUUUGCGAGAAACUCGCCCUUUGUAAUACUGUUUGAGCGUGGAGUCAUUCCUGGCCGGUUAGUCAUUACCAGCUGGAGAUAUGAGGGAGUAGGAGAUCAGACUGAACCGGCAAGACGGAAAGUUAUGUGAGGGGAUCACUUAUGGCACGGGAUGACGACACAUGUACACAAUAUACUAAUAGACACUUAUAUACAAUAACAAUCUGUAAUGAUUUACUUAAUUAAGCUGUCAAUAAUGUUCGAAUAUAAAUAUUAAUUACAAUAACUAUAGAGUAUAGAGUAUAGACCACAAGCCAAGGCUCUAAAGAUUUUUGAAUGAUGAAGGGACUAAUACUAAAUAUGAUGACUAUUGAAUUAUACAAUAUUAUGCUCCUGCAUUUAUUUGGCCUUUAAAUAAACACAGCAAAACUAAAACAAAUCAGACUUCACAUUCUGGAGACUAAUCCAGUACCUACAUGAACACGUAUAGUACAUACAUGUGUUCUUGGUUUUCUGUUGUGUUGUGUUGUGUUAAGACAAACAACAUUAAAGAAUUAUUAAAUGAGCUCAUUAUCAAUAUUUGUUUUAAAAAUACAUCGUUUAUUGUAACAAUAACUUAUUAAAGUUCUAUUUCGUUCGUUACUUCCUGUGUGUUUGUGAACCGCAAGCUAAUUAACAAGUUAUUCACGUUCUAUAUUUAUGUUCGAGGUUCACAAAAAACCGUUAAAACUGAAAAGUCAAACUCAUUGACGUAUACAUGUAUUGAACAUGAAAAAAUCUAUCCAUCCAUCUGCUUUGUUAUCAACUUCCGACGGAAAGACAAACAUGUCAUAAGCCAUUAUUAUUUGCCUUUCUAAUGAAGCACAAAAUUUCCUAAUUAGUGUUUAAUACCGAAGGGUCAUUACGACAGCAGAAUUAUAUCACGGAUCAGGAGUUCUACAAAUUUUGUUACUUUAUAAUUAUUAGUUGGAGAUAAAUGCCAGUGAUAUUUCUGUGUCUCGCUUCGAAGUCGAUCUCGGUACAAGACAUAGUUUUGAUAUCGACAAUAUGUAGAAGGUAACCUGAUAACAACAACGUGCUGAGUGUUCUCUCUGGUGCUCGGUCGACGCUUUUGGGCGAAACCCUUUAAUAACAAUAUGCAUUAUUAUAACCGAUUAAAGUAUUAAGGUGUCGUUGCCUGCGAGUUAGUCACCGCCAGGUAAUCUUCAGAGUAUAUCUGAAGCCGGUUCCCACCGUCUUCCGCGAACAACUAAUUAGUGUAUUCUGGAGGUUAGCUCUGUUCCAUUGAUACAAUUCAAUGUAUUCCCGAGAAACAUUAACCCUUGAAUGGGUCGCCGUCUUUAGCUUUACGCGUCUACUCGUUUCCGAAACCAUUACAUAAUCUUAUACGACAUGUAGCCUGUAAAUGUAAAAACGAAAAUGGUAGAAAAUUUUCACAACGAUGAAACUACGUCAGGAAUUUUAAUGAAUGAAGUGGAUUCUAUGUAUGAGUCGAUUAGAGAAUAUUACGAGUACAUUUAUCAGCGCAGUAUCGGCGAGUUCAUUGUUGCUUCGGUGAUAUGAGCAGACCGUGUCGGAACACUUCCGCGUUCUAUCUUAUCGUCGCCGAGGCAAGGACGAACACAAUCGCUGGAGCUCACCUUACAGAGGUUACAUCAUGACGCUGCGCCUGGACCACCUGCAUCAGGUCCACCAUCAUCUGGACCACUCCGAACACUUUUUGUUUCGUGUUUGACAACAUUCGCCUCCGCGACAUGUGCGACUCCAUCCCGUUGGGGAUCGAAGGCUUAUUAUUUUGUCAUUGUUUUAAACAAUUGUUAUUUUAUUUGACAGCUCGUUGUCGGAUGUAUGUUUGUGUAUAGAGUUGUGGUCGGUCUAACGUAAUCCGUGGUUUUAAACAAAGGCCGAGCUUUGUUGGGGUGCUGGUCGUAUCAGACACUCGGGGUCGCUCGCGACGGGGCGUCCGCGCCCUCAGAGCUCUCACACUCUUUUUUUAUUCGUGGGUUACUCGGAAAUGAGAAAAACUGUCCGGGAGCAGAUUUACAACAUUCUCUGCUGCUAAUGCGAUAAAAUUUAUUGAUUCCCGGGAGACGUUCGGGCGCAGGCGACCCGCGACUAACAUGUUUAUAGAGCACUCCUCGGUUCAUGGAAAUAUUGUUCGACUAAAACAAAACUGAUGACAGAUAUUAUGAUUAUCUCCUGCGGAUUUAUUACUCUUUUUGCUCGUUUUGGGACAGCAUUCGUAUCUUAUUUGUUUAGUUAACAAAUCAACUGUCUCGGUAACCAUAUUAAAUUUAAAUAAAUGGUUUCGUUUUUAUAAACGGCCUGAACGAUAGUAAAAUAUUUUUUUAUUUCUUUCAUCCUGAUGUUGUUAUCACGUGUCUGUUAAGACGCUGCCACAAGGCCACAUCUCUUUAAACUAGUGCGGUUCCAGCUUCCUUUCUUCCAGGAGCCGCCCCUCCCCCCCCCCGUUCGCUCGCCUUGUUCUGAUAACGCAUCAUUACGCUCAGCUGCACGUGCUCUCUGAUACCGCUUAUCUAUGCUCGUAUGCGAUCAGCUGUGAAUGAAUUCUGCGUUAGUAAACGACGCAUUGCUAACGAAGGGCGCUUAUUGGAAACAUAUCUUUGAGUUUCAUUUACUGAAUAGAUUCAUUUUUGAAACAGUAUUGAGUGCAUAAAGUGAGCACAAUAUUGAGCGCUCGAGCGUUUAAAGCACACGUCUAUUUUUUUAAUAUUUUCCACCCCUCAUCCCUAUAUAAUACGAUCGUUCAAAAUAUCAUGAUCGCCAGUAGACUCUGCGUGACGUAUUUUACAUACAUACAGUAUAUGGGUGGUGGUGGAGGUGGUAGGGGGAGUGUUCCCCGUCCCCGUGUCCCCUGGCCCCGUGUGAAGGGCUCCGAGGGAGGGUCGCGCGUCGUCCGUACUUCAUCAGCGACCAGUCAGUCCCGAGGCAAGCGCCGACACGAGCGCACGCGCAUCACUCGCUCACAGUUCGCACCUCGCGAGUCGCGGGUAGUGUUGUUCGUUAAUGAUAAUGUUGCACGACGCGUGGCCCUCCGCCUGGCCGAAGACUGAGAACUUCGAAUUGGAUGCACUAUUUGGAGAGGUGAACAACAACUGUAUCAAAGAGGGCGAGGCGGAGUGCGGCGCGGUGAGUGCGGCGAGCGCGGCCGGCGCGGACAGUCCGCCCCCGCCGUCUUUCGGCUACGCCCCCGGCGAGGAGCUGUCUCCGUCCCACUCGCGCAGCUACCAGGAGCUGCGGCCGGCGCCCGCGCACGCUCACCCGCACGCGACACACGCACGCGACAUGCAGGCCUACGCGCACCUCGAGGAGAGCCUGUUCAAGCCGGCGGGGGGCUCCACGGACGGAGCCUACCUUCGCGGCCGCAGCCCCCGGCCGACGCCGUCCCCGGAGCGCCGGGAGGACUACCGCUCGCUUCACUACGAGACGUACGCGGGCGCUCCUCCACCGCCCCCGCCGCCCUACACGCACGAACACCAUCAUCACGUUGACGGUGGGGGAGGAGGAGGUGGUAGUAACUCCGUGUACUCGCGGUGCUCCUACCCUACCUCCAGCUCGCCGUACUUCAACGGAGACAACAUCGGACAGACGCAGCUGUGGAGCUCCAGCGCCGGGGGUUCUCCCAACUAUGGCGGAACUGGUGUGAUGGAGGAGUACAGCGAGGCUGGCGAGGCGGAGUCUCCGGGUGCUCUGCCCGCCUUCAGCCGGUUCGCUCCGGCCUUCGCCGCCGUCACAUCGCGGCCGUCCAUCGUGUAUGGUGCCAACACGCUCGCCUCCAACGCCUAUGGACAAUCUGACAUGUGGGGUCUCAACGGUGGACGACGAAAUCACCUCUCCGCAGCCGCCAGCCUCUCAGCGAUCGACAUGGCGGAGGUAUUCACGGAGGGCAGAGAGUGCGUGAACUGCGGCGCCAUCGACACGCCGCUGUGGCGACGAGACGGCACCGGACACUACCUGUGCAACGCUUGCGGUCUCUACACCAAGAUGAACGGCAUGAACCGGCCGCUGAAGCCCCCGCGGCGGCUGGUACGUCAGCGGCACGCGGCGCAGGCGCCGGCGCCCGCUCCCGACAUGGGUACGAAGCGGCAGGGAGUGUGUUCUAACUGUGAGACCACCAUCACUACUUUAUGGCGUCGGAAUCCGCUCGGGGAGAACGUGUGCAACGCUUGCGGGUUGUACUUCAAACUGCACGGCAUCAACCGCCCGAAGAACAUGAAGAAGGAUUCGAUCCAGACGAGAAAGCGAAAAUCUAAGAACAAUACGAAAACGGAGCGCAAUAUAAGUAAAACCACCGUUCGCUCGACUCUCAACGUAGGGACGACGGAGUUAGAGAACAUAUUGGAUAUAGGCGCCUCGUCGAGCGGUGCUCGCGGCCGUUCGCUGGGGUACUACGUGCAGCCGCACACUGUGAAACUGGAGGAGCCCGCGCCAGCCCACGCGCACCAGCAGCAGCAACAACACCAGCAACACCAACAGCAGCAGCAGGCCUACUACGACGACGAGUACCGCCGCGUCGAGCCCCAGGAGCGCCUCGAGCGGCCGACUGUGGUGUCGCUCGGCAGCUGAGCGCACCCGCAGCCGCCGCAGCCUUGAGAAUCUCAGUCGAAUAAGAUUAGUUAAUGUAGUGUAGCGAGAGUGAGAGCCGAGGAGUUGCUAGUUGACCAAAUAUACGCCACCCGCCGGGAGGCUGUUCCUGACAAAUUUAUAUAUAAAGAAUAAAUAUAUGAGUACAAGCAUUUAUAGAAAAUUAUUUAAAGCAAAAUAUUUAGAACGCUCCGGAGCCUGCGUUCGGAUUGUAGCAGUGAAGUUGAGUGAGUGAGUGAGGCGGUGGAGUGCUCGGGCUCGACGAAAGACUCCCCACACUCGGGCGGGGUCGGUCGGACGGACGCACUCGGACACUCCCUCGGCUGACCAUUUCUGUUACCAAAUAAUAAUAUAUAGAUCAUAUAACACUGUGCCUCGGUCUACCCGAAGUUUUACAUUCCUAUGUAUACAUAUAUAUAUAACGUUACUUUAUGUACGUCAUACAGCCUAUGUAUCGUAUAGGUCAGAGCACCGCAGAGGCUGCACGAACCAGACUGUACUACAUAAUAUAUUUUUAUGUUAUCACUUAAGCUCCAUGACUUGUAAGUGCAUUCCACGAAUUUAUAAGUUAAGAUACGAAUAAGUUUUAUCAAAGAAUUGUUUGUUACACGUUGUGUUAUGUGUUUGUUGUAUAUAAUGCGAGUCGCAGCCGUGUCGCCGCUGUGGGCCGGUGGGCCGAGGGAGGGAUCGCAUCCAAAUAAUAAUCGAAUCUCAUGAAAUUAUUCUUUCAUUGUAUAAUAAGCGAAACUCUCUCUGGUCUGCGAGGGUCGAGAGGCCCCCAGGCCCCCACACCCCCAGGGACGCACCCGCCCGGCUAGCGUCAUGUCUCCGUCUCUUAUAUAUGUAUAAUAAAAUGAUGGACUUCUGACACCGAAUAUACAAGUAUCGAGUCCACGGGGUAUCAGCUGAUGCUGGGAGACGGGCGAGGCGAGGCGGCCGUCUUGGCCCAGAACUCGCUCCUCUCGACGGAGAUCUGAGGCCUCUCUAAUGUGCUACAAGCCGAAUAUAUAUUUUAUAUAUGAUUAUAUUAUAGAAAUAUGAAUAAAUAUUUUAUCGUUAUGUUAAUUAGUUCGACAUGUUAAAGAUAUAAACUAAUUUUAUUGUGAAUACUUUGCUCACGGAGGAAGUGUGUGUGUGGCGGUGAGCGUUCCUCUCAUAAUAAUAAACAAAUGGUACGGGACACGCGACCUGCGCCGCGUCUCUUGUAUCUUGUAAAUAUAAUAUAACAUAAGAAUACUAUCAAAGUACACUUUUAAUAAACCAAACUAUUGAUAAUGU